GGGAGGGUAAACACACCCUAGACAGAGCCAUGUCUGACAGAUCUGCUCUCUGAAAGGAGGAAGAACUCCCAUGCAAACGAGAAGAAGCGAGAUAAAAGGAGGAGGGAGUAAAUGCAAAACAGCCGGGCUGAAAGAGAUGCGCAGGGAGCUGCAUCAUAGGACAAAAGCAAUGGUGUUCGUGAAUGGGAGCUGGUGAUCUGAAGCACCAGGCGAGUGCAGUGAGAAACCAGGCAGACUUCUCUGAGCAGCAAUCCUCUUUCCCUCUGUCCCCCCUGUCUGUCCCCCCCUCCUCCCCUCUCCCUCUCCGCCAGCCUGGACCGAGCUUGGCAUGAUUUACGGGCAGGGUUUAAGGGUUUCUGCUUCGGAUUUGGAGCUCUGUGUUUUAGGAAUAUGCCACUGGAGUGGAUUUGAGCGUGCUGUUAUUCCUGAUUGAACCCAGUGUGCGACGUGGAGACUCCCGCGGCCGCUGCUCGCCUCUCUCUGCAGCCUCCAUGGUCCUGACUGAAACACACUUCAUCACCCAGAUGCACAACUCCGACUGCCUGGGAGGGUAAUUCUGCAGACACCAGCAUGGGAGCCAAACAGAUGAAAUGUCUCAGCUCUGCGAGCCCUGCGCACACCCCCAAAGAGGAGUAUGUUAUCACUCAGUCCACAGACAGCACUAAAGAAGAACCAGUCCACGAUCAGACUGAGGACCGGGGGGAACCUCAGGAAGACAGAUCUGAGCCGACAGAGAGGAAAUCUGUCCCAGAUGAGGUGCUGCUCUGUGGAUUAUGUCCCUCCCUCGGUCAUGAUGGGCAGGAGGAAGAAAAGAGCUGGGAGGAGCAGCUGGAUGCCCACCAGGAGCAGCUGGAGAAGGAGAUGCAGGAGGCCAGGAGGAUGGUAUUCCGCCUACAGGGUUUGCUGCUGCACGGCUCUCUUCCGGAAGAAGACCAGGAUGGAUCCGUGACCUUCGGGGAGAACCGGGCGACCACGGAGCAGCAGCUGGUUCUAAUCCGCAGUCGUCUGGACCAAAGCGUGGAGGAAGCCCUUGAUCUCAAGAGGGAACUCCUGAGGCACAAACAAGAGACACGACACACUCAGGCCAUCAAGGAUGCUCUGCAGCAGCGCCUGGCGGUGCAGGAGGAGGCCGUGCUGCAGCUAAAGCAGGAGCUGCUGAGGUGUAACAUGGCCAAAGAUGAGCUGGAAGGAGAAAAUGAGGAGCUCAAACACAAACUGAGUGAAAGAAACAAAUUACUCACUGACUAUGAGCAGCAGCUUGGGAGGAAGGACAGAUUACUGCAGCAGCAGCAACAAAAGCUCGACGAAACUCAGCAUAAAGCACACGAAGUCAGCCGCGGACGGUCAUUCAGGAGUGAAAGUGGUGGUUAUAGUAACUCUGUGGCGUCAACAUCUCCUCCAGCUUUCCAACACAAUGCACCGGGUGAGGAGCUGCAACUCGUCAGGGAAGCUCUGCGCAGUCUGAGGGACAGUUUCUCGGGUCACGACCCCCAACAUCACACCCUGGACACUUUGGAGCAGGGCGUGGCCAGUCUCAUUGACCGACUGCACUCCUUGGACAUCCAGCGGAGGCAGGACAGAGGGGAGGAAUUCAAAUCACCGGGACGUAGAGCCAACUUAACAGACCGUGACUCCUGGCCGCCCAGCUCUAGUGAGACAAACAAAAUUGAAAUGGCCCACUCGCACAGCAGUCCAGGAUUAGAUGCUGCCGUCGCCACUAAAGUGCUCUACUUCACAGAUCGCUCGCUCACUCCGUUUCUGAUUAACAUCCCAAAAAGGCUGGGAGAAGUGACACUGCGAGACUUCAAGGCUGCUGUAGACAGACAAGGCAAUUUCAGAUACCACUUCAAGGCCCUGGACCCUGAGUUUGGCACAGUGAAAGAGGAGGUGUUUCAGGAUGGAGCGAUUGUGCCUGGCUGGGAGGGGAAGAUCGUAGCGUGGGUGGAGGAGGACCACGGAGAGCGGAGGUAGAGCCUCAAAACGCCAGAGAUCACUACUACAAACCUCAGUUGUUCCCACUGGAUCAAGACUCCUCUGAUAAUACAUGCGAUGCCAUAUUAAAGUAGCUAUUACAAUUGGGACCAAUGGAGACAACACCUUUGAAUUCACAGGAAUUAAAGUCUUAAAAUGUGAAUGUUUCGUACCAAGAAAUGAACUUGACAUGUGGCCGCUGCUUUCUUUAAUAUGAUGCAUAUUAUACAGUGUUUGCAGCUUGAAGAUUAACAUGUGAAACUGCAGUUUAAUGGUCAGUAGUGCCAUAAUUGAAGCUCUGAACGGUAAAACAGUGUUUAUUUUUUACAUUGAGGCUGUAAUCUGUGCAUUGUGUGCAAAAACCUCAAAAUCGAAAAUGUUUACUGACAUUUCUCAUAAGUUCCAUGUUGCCAAAUGUUGUUGUUGUUGUUUAUUCUGCAUCAACUUUGAUGUUUUAAUAAAGAUAAAUUAUUGCACGGGU